AUGGGCUUAAACAAGUUUAAAGCUUCAAAUGGAUGGUUAGAAAAAUUCAAGCAGAGGCAUGAAUUAAAAUUCCGAACAUUGUCAGGCGAAUCCGCAUCUGCUGAUAAUUAUUUGAAUUGUCUAAUUGAUUUUUUAUGUUUUCAAGACGACCAGGAUUUGUUUAUAGAGUCUUUAUCCAAAUUAAAUUUGCGGCAAGUGGUAACAAUAAUCUCAGAUGCCUGGAAUAAUGUAUCUGCGGAUAUUAUUUAUAACUGCUGGCAAAAGGUUUUUCGACAAUCUCCAUCAGACUCGAGUUGCAUAAAUGAAUCAUCUGAAGAAAUAUUUAAUAAUGUUAUUGAUGAAAUAGAAGAUAAUGAUCCAAAUAUCUAUGAGAAUAUAAGCUGCGAACCAUCAAUAUCACAAAUUUAA